GAAUUGAGACCUUAUAUAUAUGUGCCGCAACAACAACCAAAGAGUAUCAUAUAUAUCUCUUACUUCUACCUUCCACAUAUCCUUUCAAAUUUGCUACACAAAAAGAUAUUUGUAGAAUGACUACCCUGAAAAGAAGCAGAGAAAAUGAUAUGCAAAUUGAAGCUGAGGCCAUGGCCAACUGCGCCUUAAUGCUUUUGUCUCGUUUGAACAACCACAAUGACAAUAACAGUUCUUCGUCAUCAGAUCAUCACAUUAAUGAUUUUGAAUGCAAGACUUGCAAUAAACACUUCCCGUCUUUCCAAGCACUUGGUGGUCACCGUGCAAGUCAUAAUAAACGACCAAGAUUAUUCGGAGAGUAUCUUGUUCAAACCAAAAAGAACAAUAAGAUUCAUAAAUGUUCCAUUUGUUGUAUGGAGUUCUCUUUGGGUCAAGCGUUAGGCGGACACAUGAGGCGUCACCGUGAUGAAAUUAGUAAAACGUUGAUGGCCAAGAUACCGGUAUUGAAGAAGUCAAAUAGCAGCAAGAGGAUUUUUUGCUUGGACUUAAAUUUAACCCCUAAUGAUUAUCAUGUUGAUGAUUUGAAGUUAUGGCCGGCCACACUAAUUUCAUCUCCUGUUUUCCGAUGCUUUUUUUAAGUCCCUUUAAUUUAGGAUUAGGAAAUUUUUUUACCCCGCCAGAUUUGUUAAUUCUUUUUGGAUACUUUAUUGUUUCUCUUUUAUAUAUAUAUAUAUAUAUAUAUAUUUCCUAAAUUAUGUUGAUUAUAUUGACUAGCUACAAUGAACUAUGUAAUUUUCAUUAAGAAUUAAUGGUAAAGAAAACCACACCUAAAUCAUUUUGCGAGGUUUUAA